AUGGCGGACUACUCCUCAUGGAAGGUCACUGAUCUGAAGGCGGAGCUCAAGAAGCGGGGAAUCACCCAAACUGGACUCCGUCUCAAGCAGCAGUUCAUCGACAAGCUGGAGGAGGAAGACGCCAAAGCGCAACCUGAGGAUUCAGCUGCGGCUACCGCUGAGCAAGUUUCAGAGACCGAAGUCCAAGAGGGAACUGCCCCUGAAACCACCGAACAACCCGAAGAACCAGAACCCGGGGAACAAAAGACAGAAGCGCCCGAAGCACCUCCAGCACCAGAGCAACAACCCCCGAGUCCCAAAACGGCGCAGCUGAAGCGCAUACGUACAGAAAAUGUGUCGCAAGAUGCCCCAGAAGUUGUCACUACACAGCCGCCAGCCGAGGAGCAAGGUACCAAGGACGUCGCUCCUCCCGAGGUGACCGCACCGACACCAGAGCCCGAAGAGCCCGCAGAACCCUCAGAGCAAGCUCCCACAAUUGCCGACGAGCCUCUGUCAUUGGAACCCACCACGACCACCGAAGUAGCGCCCUCGGUCACUCAAACAUCCGGAGUAAACACAGGGCUGUCCACUCCUCUUCCCAUGGAAGAAGUCUUGGAAGAUAAGCGCAAACGGAAGCGCCGCAGCCAGAGCCCUGUCCCAACCCCCGAAGCCAUCGCACAAAAGAAAGCCCGAGCGCAGGAAGACAGUCCCCGUGUCAUACUGAAAGAUGACGUUCCCGCUGGAACGGACCCUAAAGACUUUGCGCGAGAGGAAGAGCCGGCAGACGAGACUUCAAAAGACGAGCCUGCCGCACCGGCUAAACAGGAUGCACGAUUCCGAGGUUUGUUUGCUGGGGAGCCUGCGCCUCCCCGUCCAACUUCUCCAGUGCGGGAUGUUACCAUGGAGGAUGCUACUGUGGAGCCUGCUAUCCACCCUGCAACCUGUUCUCUCUACAUCGACGGGCUCAUGCGCCCUCUACAACCCAUGGGGCUUCGCAAGCACUUAAUCGCCUUGGCAUCUACACCCGAUGCACCCGUUGCUGCCGACUUGGUGAAGGAAUUCUGGCUUGACCCUAUCAAGACACAUUGCUUUGUCCGAUUUGACGACAUUGCGGCAGCUUCGCGGGUUCGCUCUGCAAUUCACGGAACAGUAUGGCCAAAUGAACGCAACCGGAAGAGUCUAUGGGCAGACUUUAUUCCCGACGAGCAGAUCAAAGAAUGGAUCCGUACAGAAGAAGCGGCACGCGAUAGACCCGGGCCUCCUGCCCGCUGGGAAGUCCAGUACGAAUCGAAGGGUGAUGAGACCAUUGCUACCCUAGCGGAAGCUGGAUCAAAAUCGCGCCCCGGCCCGUCCAAAGCACUCGAGCCUGGCUUCAACCGAACUCCGCCAUCAGGUCCACGUGGCAGCAUUGCUCAGCCCGAUCGCCAUGCUUCCAAUGCCCCACCUGCACCUCCGUCGCGACCCGGCCAAGGGUUUAAACCUCUUGACGACCUCUUUGAAUCCACUACCACGAAGCCCAAGCUCUACUACCUUCGUGUACCGAGAGAGGUGGCUGACAAGCGGCUGGACCAAUUCGAUGAGUUGAUUCGCAAGGGCCAGUUCCCGCGCCGUGGCGGAGAUGAUAUGCGCCGAAUCACAUUCGAAGACGAGGACCGCUUCGUGGAUGGUGGUCCCGAGUAUGGCCUAGGAGCUCGCCAGGGGCGCCGGGGAAGAGGCGGUGGACGAGGUGGAGGUAGUGGACGUGGCGGAGAUGGUCGUCGACGUUGA